AUGGCCAUGGACACGCGGAACUCGGGCACCUUCAUCGUGGCGAUCAUGUUGUUGGCAAUGGCCUUCUGCAUCGCCGUGAACGGCACCGUGGUGCCCUUCAGCUCCGCCGCGGCAGGGGAAGGCUCCACCUUGGCCGGGACAGCCGACGCCGCCGCGGGGGCCGGGGCGGCGGCCGGGGCGGCGGCCGGAGCGGCGGCAGCGGCGGGCGCCGGGCUCGAGGCGCCGUUGGCGGCGCGCUCCACGUCCGUGGCCGUGAUGCGGCCGUUCGGGCCCGAGCCGCCGAUCGCCGCGAGGUCGACACCGAGCUUCGAGGCCAGCUGCUUCGCGUACGGGGUCGCGAUGAUGCGCCCGUCGGCCCGCUUGACCGGGGCAGGGGCCGGCGCAGCCGGGGCCGGGGCGGGGGCAGCCGGGGCGGGGGCGGGGGCAGCCGGGGCAGGCGCGGGCGCCGCGGCGGCGGGGGCUGCAAGCAACGCGCACGCGUCGGUGGCGGUGAGGGCCCGUGGGCGAGGCGAGCACGUGAAGCAGUGCGUUGGGGUGUGUUGCGGGGCGACGUACCAGGAGCCGGGGCCUCGGCGGCCGGGGCCGGGGCCGGCGCCUCCUCCUUCUUCUCCGCGGCGGCCGGGGCCGGCGCAGCAGCUGCGUGGCAGUUCAGAGAGGGUGGCCAGGUGA